UUAGGGAAUCAAAACAGAGAGAGAAUGCCGAAAUGGCGAAGAGACGAAGGUCGUUACGUAACUCGUGCUCCACAGUCCUGCUGUAGAAUUGCAUUACAUGGGUUGCCUCCCGUGUGCCGCUCCUCUUCUUCGGCCGUGUUCCGCUAGAACUGAAAAGCAGAAGCCAGGCGGUUGUGAGUCUCUCGGUUCUCUUUUCUGUUUUUCGAUUUACCUGGAGUCAUUGUGUCAGGAAACCAGGUCAAGUUGCUUCAUGCGCACUCGAGGAGCGCAACUUGCGGCAGUCUCUGCGUUGAGCACUUCUUUCUCGCAUUGCACAUCGACGUUGUGCCUGCGAAUUCGGACUUUGAAGCUGCAUGCUGCCACAUGGAGACGAUUUUUUACGCUCGGCGUACCACGAGGUUCUCUUGUUUAGGCGGGGCAACCUUCUGACGCUUUUUUUUCCGGAGGUGCGACGUCUCAGUUGUUUCAGCAGACGUUUCGAAUUUCCUUGUCUUCCGAUGGCGAAAAAGUUUCGGAGAACCCCUUAGCGACUGGAUGUGCAUCUGUGCGCAAACGACUUCUUAAAACCCAAGUCAACACCUGUGUUCGUAUUCAAGCAUAUACCUACCUGCGCAUGUGUAGGUACUACCCUUGUGGAAGAUUCUUCGUAACGGUACAUGCACUGAACCACUGCUGAGACGGUCGACAGACAGUUGUAGGGCUCUCUCCUGUGAAAAAAGAUGAGUCUCUGCGGUGGCAUGCUCAGUGUCUGAUACGCCUGGAACCUGUUUGCUGCUGCCGCGUCCAGAGGUUCCCCCUCGUCUCGUUUCUCCCUUUCGGCACAUCGCUCCCUGCCCCGCUCGUCACCAUGGUUAAUCAAACAGACUCAGACAACUUUCCCCCCUUGGGUGCCGCCUCCUCACGGCGCCCUCGCAGCGCGGCUUCUGCCUUUUCUGCUUCUUCGGCUUCUUCGACUUCUUCGGCUUCUGCUCACGCAGAGGGAGCGCACGAGACUCACAAGCGAUUGCGGGGAGAGGCUAUGCGGUGGUCGGCUGCAUCCCUCGACGACCGGGAGAGAAAAAGCGUCUUUUCCGGGGAUAUUCCGGGUCUCGGCGUGGUGGUGCCAGGCCAACAGAUCGUUGUGGAGGAAGGAUGCAUGCGCGGACAUGGAACGUACGAAAAAGGAGGGAAAAUAUUUGCCGCGGUCUGCGGAAUCCUCGAAAAGGUGAAUAAACUGGUGUACAUUCGACCCCUGCGGUCUCGGUAUCAGGGCAGCGUCGGCGACGUCGUUGUGGGACGAGUCACAGACAUCCUGAACGGGAAGUGGCUAGUGGACGUGAACUCAGGCCAGGCCGCGUGUUUGGCCCUCGCCGCAAUUUCCCUUCCGGAGCAUCGGCGGCGACUCGACGAGGACAUGUUGGAGAUGCAGAACUUCUUCGUUGUCGGAGACGUCAUCUGCUGCGAGGUUCAACGCGUUCGAGCGGACGGCCAAAUUCUUCUGCACACGAGAAGCACGCGGUACGGGCGACUGAUGAACGGCGUUUUUCUCGCAGUGGCGCCUCAGCAGAUUCAGCGGCAGAGCCACCACAUUGUGCAGCUCUCCUGUGGAGUCCAAGUCGUUCUCGGCCUCAACGGGUAUAUCUGGAUUUCUUUGCCGAUGAAGACCUCGGCCAAGGACACGAUGAACUACGCUCAUGUGCAGACGACGCACGAGAAGGUAUCGAAGGAGAUGCGUCUUGCGAUCAGUCGCGUGCGCAAUAUCGUCCUUUGUUUGGCGAGGAGCAACUUUGACAUCUCUACACAAACCAUUGAACGCAUGUAUGACGUCUCCGUUUCGAGAGGGUGGGAGGCAAAGGACCUGGCGGAUCCCCUUGUCAUGCAGGAACUCGUCGAGGCCUUCCUUGUGGCGCGUCUAGGCAAAGAUGCCUAGUUUUCGCGUUUUUCUCCCUCGUCACUGUGGCCCUCCCUUCUCUGUCUAGUCUUAUUUCUUCCCGCCCUGACUUGCACGCAGAUUCGCGGGGCUUGUCGUUUGACUGUUAACUGCCUACAGACCCCGGAAGCGAAACUAAUCUAAUACUUGACUCCGCUGAUUUAAAUCAGAAGAGCUUCCAGUGCGGCUUGUCUUCGUGCCACGCACCCCUUUUCUCUCGCUUCUGUCUCAGUGCUUUUGUCAAAUAGGGAUGAACGGUUUCAGUUACGCCCCGUAGAGUUGUACUGCCAGGUUUUUCCCCUCGGAAUAUGCAGUGCAGUCUCGAUACAUCCUACAUGAGUUGCGUGUGCCAGCAAAGCAAAUGCGUCCUGAGCCCCAGCAAGCGUACCACGCCAAACAGGCGCGACACAGAGGCACACAUCUUCCAGCUUCCCAUUUUUCUAGAAACAGAUACGUGCACAGAGCGGCUGUCUUCUGCGCCCGACCUCCCGACUGCCUCUGUGUAUGGGUGGUGGAGAAAAGCUGCGACUCGUGAGUUGAGGGAAGAGGCGGGACCGAAUGUCUGCGCGCCGGUACGUACACGCCCAAAU